AUGCACUAUUAAUACAUUUGGUGGUUUCCCAAACCUCGAUAAGACAUAACAUGAAACGGACGGACUGAAAUGGACCCUCAGGUUAACGAGGAAAUUCGAGGCGUUAAAGAUUCCAGUCACGCCAUACUGAAUAGAGUCAACGAAAUAACGAGAGAGGACGACUUUCAUCGUUGCAAAUGCUCGGAGUCCCUAGAACAACUUACAAAAGAUUUGUCACGUCUCAGCGACCGCAUUGAGAAACUUCGAUUACACGAAAGCACCAGUGAGUCAGACGCGUCAGAAUUCGAACAGAGAUUUUCUGUUAUUCAGUCGCAGAUAGAUGAACUCCACCAGUCAGUUUUGGCCUUGUCCGUCAAAGAUGCAAUACCGGAACUCACCGAUUCGAACAAGUCUAAUGCUGGUGAUGUUACAAUUAAAGAUGACACUGUGAUACAUCUUGAAGCCGAAUUUAAUACAACAGUCGGUGGUAAUGUGAACAAUGUAUCAGCGGGUAAUUCUGACAUGGUUGCCACUGAUCUCGAAGAAGCGGUCGUCCAAGAAACACCAUCUAAUGUUUCUCCCGACUCCCUCCAACGGCAACAUCCGAAAACAAAUACGAACCCAACUACACCGACGACAAAUAACAUAAAUAGCCCUUUAGUCAUGACAACUUCGACAGCAAGUGAAAGACCAUAUUUAAGAGCCAGAAGAACCAAACAUGAUGCUUCUAAACGAAACAAAAACAACCCAGAAGGAACAGAUUCAAUCCCUUCAAUGUCUGCAGAAAUGAAGCAAGUGGUGUCCUCACCGUCCAAAAUUUCGGCCGAAGGUUUCAAGCCUAAUUUUGUAGUGUCAGCAAAUAGAAAACAGCAGCCACCACAAUCUAUAAGCUCUUACAGCGUCGGUAAAUCGAGUUCAUCGGAGACGAAACUGAUCAGACAAACAGAGAAAGCAUAUUUGUUUGGCGAUGAGGAUGCAUGGAAGUCCAUGGCACAGAUAACCCUAGAUAGAGCGUUGCAGACAACAGGGCAUUUAGACUGCGUUGUGUCUGUGCUUUGUUUGGAUAUAUCGGAGAGCAUGGCAUCAGGGAAUGCAUGGGAUCAUGUCAGGGAAUUUACAAACGAUUUCCUUACCGGAUUGGCAGAAAGCAAAGCAAAUAAUCCUCGACUGAAAGACGAAUACGUCGCUGUAGCAACAUUUGGCCAUAGAACAGAAUUAAAACUGAUGUUGACGACAAACUACGACGAAGUUCGACAGCAAAUUGAAGGACUUGUUUUGGGCGGACCUAGUCCACUCUAUGGAGGUCUAAUGAUGGCUUUAGCUGGAGCGAUGUCUGCACGAAGUGCAAGCCCUACUAUCAACGACACUAGGAUUCUUCCGAAAAUUAUUGUUCUAACGGACGGUCAACCAUCGGAACUUAUGCUGAAUGCCGGUCCGGAUAACCAAGACCUCAGUAAAAUGGAUCAUACCAUGGCCCAUUUGGUGCAGGCGGUGGAAGAGCUUGACAACAGAGGAAAUUCGCUGUUUUUUCUGGGCGUUGGAAAUUAUGAAGAGAGGUUCAUAGCAACCAUGACGGCCAUGUCUGAGUCAAGGAAACAAUACACGUACAGAGAUGGACGAAGACUGGCACGUCGACACUAUCUUGCUACACAAGGAGGGGUUCACGGCUUGUUAGACAUGUCACUGUUUCUUCAAAACAGAAUCAGUAUUACCAAGGAAGACUCGGAGGAUAUGAAGGACAUUCGUGAUGAAAUGGCGCGCCGCGUGGGCAAUAUAAAAAACGACUUCUAUAAAGAGAGCAACGACCCGACUCUUCUCCGAAUAGGUUCCCGCGUGCGGAGGGGACCGGAUUGGCGAUGGGGCAAUCAGGACCUUGAAGGGCCUGGAACCGUUGUCGGACAUCACGUGCCAGGACAAGUGUGGGUGACAUGGGAUCUGAAUGGGCAAACAAAUGUUUACAAUUAUGGCGUGGUAGGGUACCAAGUGAUUCCAGUCGACGAGCCCAGAUUCUUGAAUCAUGGCGAAAUAAUUGAUGUCGGAUGUACCGUGAAACCAGGUCGUGAUUGCACAUCAGGAGAUAUAGCGUCAGGGAAUACCGGUGUUGUGCUUAAACUGGAAGAUGAUCUCAAGGCAUUGGUAAAGUGGGAUAAUGGACAGAGAGGAAAAUAUAGUUACGGUUUGGAUGGGAAGACAGAAGUGGAAGUCUGUUCGAGCACAUUGUCCAGAGGACAAGGCUUCACAUUACAUGGCAGUUCCCAUUUAGAAAAUGAAAUGAAUUUGAGUAACAGCAACAACAGGAAUAACAAGAACAGUGUAAGAAAUACGUCAGGAACAACAUCGUCUAAAAAUAAAAAUAAAAACAAAAACAAAUAAUUUCACUAGAAGAAGUAUCACGGUUGAUAUUUUACUAUGUAUUAAGAAUCUGUUUCGUAUCGCAGCUGUAUUGAGGGCACUCAGAUGGAACAAUGCUGUUGUUGGUCAAUGUUCAGAUAUUGUAUUAUAUUUAAACUAAUAAUAAUGCAUGUGUGAGAUACUAAUAUCGUCAAUAUAUUUGAAUGUCUUCAAAGUCUGAUGAUUUGUUAUUUAUCGCAACAUAAUUUACUACUUUUUACGGUUUAAGAUUAUUUUUGUCUAACCAUGUAUUUUAACAAUUCACUCAUAUGUAUAUAGAAUCUUAUAGAUGUUCAUACUUCAAUGGUUUUAUGUAUUUGCUAUAAGAUAAUAGUCUACAUUGUUUGUUGAUCAUGUUCAAGAAUUGUUUGCUUUGUCAUUUUAUUUCGAGCUCGCCUGCGGACAGCUCCAUACGGCUUUUAUGAUUGCGGUUCGGUGUACGUCCGUAUCUUUGUCGAUGUCACUUCACAUGAGGAUACUCUUUAUGAUUUAAUGAUGUUUUCAUGUUUGCAAACUAACUUUAAACUAAUAAAAAUACACUGAAACAUCGUUCAGCAAUAUAUUCUUCAUAAGACGGACGUUAUGUUACAUUUAAUAAACAAAUAAUUAAUUUUAAUAUUAAUCUAUGCUAGUAAUAUACGAGUAUCCUGUUGUGUUGUUAUACAAUGACCUGAACGAUACAUUUAAAUUAAACACCUCACUUAUUUGUAAAACUUUAUUGGAAAAUUGCACAGGUUUAAUAAAUUUAGAGUAUGGACUUUGAUCUAGUAUUAAUGGAAGGCACAAUUAUUCCUACCAUUUCAGCAUUAGGCGGCCCCUGGUGUCUGAUCACUUAGUAUUAGUAUUAACAUCAUCUUUCUCACAAAAUCAUAAAACAUUUCGAUGACAUAAAUACUUAAACUCUCUAUAAUGUUAUGAUAUAUGUAUAACAGUAUUAGCAUACUCUUUUUACACCAUAUGCACGCACAUAUCUAAUUACAAAAUAUAACGGACGUCCAACGCCACCAUUGUUAGGACGAAUAAUUACAUUUUCGUUAAACAACAAUUAACUUAGUGUAAUGACCCAGUCCGGUCAUUAUACGCCUAUUUGCUUAAGGUUUAUGCUUACGUGGAAUGCAGUUUCCAUGGUGAUACUACUUUUAAUUAUACUAAUAUUAAUGAUGACGAAGAUGAUAAUAAUGAUGAUGAUGAUGAUAAUAAUAGUAAUAAUUGCACUUACCUCGUUUUUCACGUAAGGCUGGCUAUGUCCAUUGUUUACAUCACUUUAACACUAUAAUCCAUUUAUUGUCCAUUACUUUUCCAACGAAUUAUAAAGUGCAUGAAUAGAAAACCAAGUAUGACAUUAACUGUUUCCAUUUGUUCCUGUUGUUUAUAGACAGGCCAUAUUUAUGCAUUUGUAUGUAAAUGUUAUGAAUAAAUCUGACCUGUCAUGGCCGCUAGGACGCCGAAUUGGCCAGCAUCAUGGUGGAUUCUGACAGCUCAGGCUAACAGAUUGUUAUUGGUUGAUUUUACGAGCUGUCAGAAUCCUAUUGGCUGAUUGGGAUGAUGCUGGCAGGCUGUCAUAUGGUCAUUUGUCAGUUAAGGUCACGUGGUUACUUUUGAGAAAGUAUAUAAGGGCGGUAGAUUUCAAAUUUGUCAGCACAACUUCCAUCUUGGUAGCUCCACUGGACCUGGCAGUAAAGUGAGUAAAACAUCUUGGGUAACUAUCAAUAACUUGAAACGUAUUUUCGAGAAAGUGUCCACCCUAACUUGUCUAUAUUUGUUAGAACAUUUUUAACCUACUAAAUAAACAUAAAAAAAUAUUAUUUAAACUGCCAA